GCCCAUCUCCUGCCUGCCAUCCGAUCCUAACCCGGUCUUAUUCGCUGACUCAGUGCCUUAAGAAGCAUUACCGUCCACCUGACCUGAGCUGCAGCAUCCUCCGCUGAGAAAUACAACCAUCAUGGCUAAAACAGCAACCGCAUACAAAGAGAAGAUGAAGGAGCUGUCUGUCCUGUCCCUCAUCUGUUCCUGCUUCUACCCAGAGACACGCAAUAAGCUUGUCUGUGAGUUUGAAGACAUGGAGGUGAAAUCCAUAAACAAGCGGGCCUCAGGCCAGGCCUUUGAGGUGAUCCUCAAGCCUCUGUCUCCAGUGUCAGAUGCAGCCCACAGCCUCCCUUCACCCCCCAAGAGGGAUAUCUCUUUGGAUGACAUCCAGAAGAAACUGGAAGCUGCUGAGGAACGGAGGAGGUCCCAGGAAGCCCAGGUGCUGAGGGCUUUGGCAGAGAAGCGAGAGCACGAAAGGGACGUGUUGAUGAAGGCCAUGGAGGAGAACAGCAACUUCAGCAAGAUGGCCGAGGAGAAGCUCCAGCUGAAGAUGGACCAGAUCAAGGAGAACCGCGACGCCCACCUGGCGGCCAUGAUAGAACGUCUGCAUGAGAAGGAGAGACAUGCAGCUGUGGUGCGCAGGAACAAAGAGAUGCGGGAAGAGCUGACAGCAUGAGCCAUGCCGAGUCCCAACUUCCAUGGUCCAUCUACGUCCCUCCAUCCAACCCCCUCCUUUAGCCCUGCCCUCACCCUCUCCAGAGCAGACACCCGACCCUGGAGGCCGAGAGGUGGAGGACCUCACCGUCACAUUACACCACCCCACACCAUUAUGCUCACCACCGCCAUCAGUAUUAUCAGUGGGUACAAACAUGGAUAACACUCCUGAGAAUUGAAUGGAUUUCUUGAUUUUAGAGAAAAUGUGAGAGUAUGAUUAUUAUUUUGUAAAUACUUUUUUUUUUAAUUCUUUCUAUCUGUCCAUCUAUCUGUCUAUCUCUAUCUGUCUAUCUCUAUCUAUCUAUCUAUCUAUCUAUCUAUCUAUCUAUCUAUCUAUCUACCUAAGUGAUGGUUGAGAGGUGAAGUGCAUACUGAGGAAUCUCAUGUACUGCACUGUACAAUUUCAAACAUUUGGUUUGUUAUUGACUAAUGUUUUGGUUCUUGAAAUUUGAAUCUACAACCAUUUUCUUGUGAAAGCCUUCGGUGUUGUGAGUUGGUUGUAGACUGACGUUUGCAGUGUUUCCUGAUGAUGUCAUGACGAUGUUUCUGUGUCCUUGUGAAGAAUGAUGGUUGGUGUACCUAGACUACAGACUCCUCAAGAUAUCAGCGUAUCCCGUCUUUAUCUCCACACACAAACAUGCUCACUGUCGACACGCACGCUUGGAACUCAUGUUAACAAUACGCCAAACCCACAGAUUCAAAAGUGUCCACUUCUUCUGAAAUGAGCUUGAUAAUGAACUUGAUAGGUGCUUCAUUGUUAUUAAGAAUGUCUUUGCCCAACUGGAGCAAACGUUUAUACACUUGCAUAUUCCUACUUACCCUGACAACAGCAUCUCCUAAUGAAUCCAUCUUUAGCUGAAUCAGUUACUCUGUUAUGUACACACUAUUUGGAGAUUAAUCUCUUGAAUGUUAUCACACCACACUGGUUCCAUACAUAGUCUUGGACAGUGGAAUGUGCUGUUGCUCCCACCUUGAUAUUGAUAGUAUGUCUGUGUGGAUGUGUGUGAAUGCGUAUUUAAAGUGAGGCAUCAUUAGCAUCUUCUCUCUGUAGGGGGUUAGAUAGAGAAUGGAUGCAGGAUGCUUUACAUUCAGCACACUGAACUAAUCUCUUUUUAAUAUACAGUACCACAGAUAUCUGCCUGCAUCCUCUGCUGCCUGUGUUUCUCCUCCAUAUUUCUCUGUGAAAGCUUUGCUGAAUAAAGGUUUGGGGUUCUGUGAACAUGGCAUGCACCAUCUAAUACUUUCCUGUGCAAAAACGAUAAGGAAAAAUGUAAACUGCCAAAUAAAAGAACCAAUUACCUACA